CCCACGUUAACUCGCCCUCUACACAUAUUCUUGGCAUAUGAGUUCUGAGUUCCAGUAACUCAGCGCCAAUUCAACAGAUUAAUAGUUCGUCGAUCAGUUAUAUAUCAGUACAAUCGUCCAUUUAACUUCCGAUUUCCAAAAUGAAUGAUUUACUUCUCAGAGGCCAUAGCUGCUUGCACUGCCGGAAGCUCAACCUCUGUGGCGCACCAGAAGAAAUCUUCAUACAUAAAGAGUUGGAUUCAAAGUAUCCCAGACACUCUACUUAUCGCACGGCAUUUACUGGUGUACAUCUUGAUGAUCUGGAAGAGGGUUCCAGGAAUAGUUGCAGCCUUGGGAAGUAUCUCGCUUCACAGCUUCGCGAAGGAUACCCUGAAAGGCUGAGCUCACAUGAUCUGAAACUUUACACCGAUGGCUGGCGCUUCCACGGUUUCAUACCUCUUAAAAAGGCUCCGUCUAGUGAACAAAAGCUUGAAUUUUCAACAAAGGACCAAUAUGUUCAUGCUCCGGCACAUGAAGGAAAGACGCCUUCAGAGUUCUUGUCUUACAGGCUUACGACAGAUGAAGUUGCUGACCCACUAUCUGAUAUCACGGCGGCCACUAUUCGGGACUGGAAGGUCCAAUGCGACAUCAACCAAUCUCAGGCCCAUACAAUCUGCUCACGACCAAGUCCAAGGACCGAAAUCCCCUGGAACGACAUUCCCAAGACGAUCCAAGACGCUAUUUUGACAUCACACAAGCUUGAAAUUGGCUUUAUCUGGGUAGAUUCACUCUGCAUCAUUCAAGACAGCAGUGCGAAUGAUAAGAAAAUCGAAAUUGGCCAGAUGACCCAAGUCUACACCCAUGCGGCAUUUACUAUUGCGGCUAGAAGAGCACCAGACGUCCAUACUGGCUUUCUCUACGAGAGGACACUUCCCUCUGGAACAAGCAUUGUGGAUUUCCGGGGUGAAGAUGGUAAAACAAGACAAUGCACACUGACAUUUGAAUCAGCGGCUCAGGAGGAAGAUGAAAAUGUCUUGGACACGCGAGGUUGGACAUUGCAAGAAUAUCUAAUGUCUCGCCGGUUGCUGAUAAUUGGAUCUUGGACAACAGCAUGCCUGGAUAGAGAAAAAGGCGACCCGUUCAAGUACAAUGGAUCUUGGACUUCUAGCGACGAUUCAGUGUUCAAAGGCACGCAUAGACUCGAUGCCAUUGCCUUCUUUGGCACUCACCCCGAUUCAAACCACCAAAGACCCGACGACCAUCUCAUCUUGCGGGAAUGGAACUGGAUCGUCCAGCGUCCCAUGCGUGGAGGGGAAUAUUCAGCUGGUUUGUGGGUAAAAGACCUUCCCUUUACACUUCUUUGGGAAAAUCGUUCUGGACUUUUGCAUCCCAGGCCAAGCGAUCAAGGACCAUCAUGGUCGUGGACCGCCAUCAACAGUAUCAUUACAUGGGGCGCCGGUCAUGGAAAAACUGUAGCAUCAGUGGAAUCUAUUGACUGUGAGCUUGAUCAACAAUCAGCUCCCUUCGGCUCUGUCAAACGCGGCGCACUUCGUGUCACAGGACCUGCAUUGGACAUGGAGUGGAAAUGCACUAGAAGUACAUCCAGUUGGCAGAAUACCGGAGGGCAUCACUUGAGGUACUUGACUCCUGAUGGUAAGUAUCUUCACGCUCAUAUCAAGUUCCUUCCCGACGCAGAAGAACCUGAUACAUGCUGGACCACAGUAACAUUACUUGCUGUCAAGGUUGAUGACUCCACGACAGGAAUAGUCUUGAGAAAGACGAAUGAUACUGAGCACUCAAGAUUGGGUUACUUCGAUGCGGAACUUCCAGGGGAUAAGUAUCACAUACACUGUCAGUUGCCCGUGGUCAAGAAAUGGGGUAGCAGAACUUUUACUAUAAUAUAGUUGAGAGCGUU